AUGUAUGUAGGAAACAAUACUACUGCAAAUUAUGUUUCUAGUGACUCCAGCUAUCGAUCACGCUUAGAAAAAAUUCGUUCAUUGGAGGUUUUAGAUCAGAGAUUCGGUUUUCAACGUUAUACCGAUGUAGAAUGGCAAAAUGCUUGGUUACUGAAUGCUGAAAUGGUAGAUGAUGAAACAAAAAAUAUUAUUGCAAUAUGUGACUUUUACUUUCUUUCGGAAGAUGGCGGACGCUUCAAGAUAUCAUAUCCUUUCCGUCCUUAUCUGUACAUCGCAACGCUUCCUUCGUUCGAACACAUGGUCCUAUCUUAUUUAUCAAAGAAGUAUGCAAGUGUAAUCACAGUGGAUAUAGUCGAAAAGGAAGAUCUUGAUUUAAAAAAUCAUUUAUCUGGACUAAAGCGAACUUAUUUAAAAAUAUCAUUUCCAAGUCUGAAUGAGCUUGUAAAGUUCAAGAAAGACGUAAUAUCAGUAUUGAGGAAAAAUCAAGAAAGGGAAAAGCAAACAACAUCUUAUACAAAUCUUCUCGUCAGACAUUUUGGUGUUAAAGAUGUCCUUACAGAUGAUGGUGGUGUUUUGGAAAAAAUCAUUGAUUUGAGGGAACAUGAUUUACCUUACCAGAUGAGGGUGUGUAUUGAUUUGGAAGUGUGCGUAGGCUUGUGGUAUCGUGUAACAGGAAGAGAUUUAUCUCGAAAACCGAAAAUUAUACGACAUCCAACUCUGAUUGAUCCACCAGAACCAAUCAUAUUAGCGUAUGACAUUGAAGUCACAAAGUUGCCUUUGAAAUUUCCGGAUAGUGCUAUAGAUCAAAUAAUGAUGAUUUCUUACAUGAUUAAUGGAAAUGGAUUUCUACUUAUAAAUAGAGAAAUUAUUUCUGCCGAUGUGGAUGAUUUUGAAUACACUCCAGGGCCGGAGUAUAAAGGUUUAUUUCGGGUAAUGAAUUUACCGGACGAAAAAGCCGUUAUCAAAUAUUUCUUCGACCAUAUCACACGACUUCGUCCAUCAAUAUUUGUCACCUAUAAUGGCGAUUCAUUCGAUUGGCCUUUUGUGGAAGCUCGUGCAGCAGUACAUGGUUUUCUUAUGUCGACUGAAAUCGGUGUUAUGAGAAAUCCAGCUGGAGAAUACAGAACCACAAAUGCAGUUCAUAUUGAUGCAUUCAAAUGGGUAAAACGGGAUAGUUAUUUGCCAGUAGGAAGUCAAAAUCUUAAGGCGUGUACCAAAGCCAAACUUCGGUAUGAUCCAAUUGAACUUGAUCCUGAACAAAUGUGCAUAAUGGCUAAAGAUGAGCCACAGACGUUAGCAAAUUACUCAGUAUCCGACGCAGUGGCAACAUAUUAUUUGUACAUUAAAUAUGUCCAUCCCUUUAUAUUUGCUUUAUGCACUAUUAUACCGUUGAGUCCUGACGAUGGUUCUGGUACUCUGUGUGAAGCACUUCUGAUGGUUAGAGCAUUCCAAAACAAUAUAAUUUUUCCUAAUAAAUCUCUACAUUACGGGACAAAGUAUACUGCUGAUGGACAUAUAAUUGAAAGUGAAACGUAUGUAGGAGGGCAUGUUGAAGCAUUAGAAUCUGGUAUUUUCCGUGCUGAUAUUCCGGAGAGAUUUCGAAUCGUGCCAGCUACAAUCGUAGACUUGAAACACAAUCUCAAGAAAACGCUGGAGUACUCGCUAACGCGAGAAUCUAGUAUUAAAAUGGAUGAAGUCGUUGAUUUUAAUGAUGUAGUCCUUGAGGUUGAAGCACAGCUUGACGAUUUUAUUAGAAGACCUUUGCGUCUUGAAACUCCCAAGAUCUAUCACUUGGAUGUUGCAGCAAUGUAUCCAAAUAUUAUUCUCACUAAUCGUCUCCAACCAUCUGCAGUAGUUACGAAUGAAAGAUGUAUAGCCUGUGUGUAUAAUACAUUAGAUGCAAAGUGUCAACGAACAUUGCAGUGGGAAUGGCGAGGAGAAAUCAUGCCUGCUUCAAAAGGUGAAUAUGAACGCAUUUUGCAACAAUUGGAAAACGAAAAAUUCGGUAAACCACCAAAGCCAUUUCACCGUUUAGAUCGUGAGCAAAGAAGUCAAAUUGAAAUUAAGCGUGUUCAAGAUUUUUGCAAACGUGCGUAUGGCAAAACUCAUAUUACCAAAAAUGAGUUCAGAUAUACUACAAUAUGCCAAAGAGAGAAUGCAUUUUAUGUCGAUACCGUCAAAGCUUUUCGAGACAGACGAUAUGAAUACAAAGCGUUGCUUAAAGAAGCAAAAAGAGUUUUGGACGAAAUAUCGGAAGAUGAUAUUCAUGCCUUGAAAAUAGCUCAAGGGCGUGUCGUUUUGUAUGAAAGUUUGCAACUUGCUCACAAAUGUAUCCUGAAUUCAUUUUAUGGAUAUGUGAUGCGUAAAGGAUCACGAUGGUUUUCAAUGGAAAUGGCUGGCAUUGUUUGCCAUACAGGAGCAAAUAUCAUCACCGAAGCUCGAAAACUGGUGGAACAAAUUGGCAAACCCUUGGAACUUGAUACAGAUGGGAUUUGGUGUCUGAUUCCAGGAUCAUUUCCCGAGAAUAUUACCUUCACUUUAAGGAGUUCUAAACGCAAAAUGGUGUAUUUUUGGUUUCUUCUACAGUAUAGUUUGUUAGGUGCUGAAGUUCUUUUCAUCUUUGAGCAUUUGACUGACCAUGGCUAUCGAUUGCAGAUAACUGUUUCAUAUCCUGGUGCAAUUUUGAAUGCACUUGUGCGUGAUAAGUUUACAAAUGAUCAGUAUCACCAGCUUGAACAGGAUGGAACGUACUCAAUAAGUUCUGAAAACUCCAUAUUUUUUGAAGUUGAUGGACCGUACCUGGCAAUGUUUCUUCCAGCAUCUAGAGAAGAAGGGAAAAAACUAAAAAAGAGGUAUGCGGUUUUCAAUUUUGAUGGUUCGCUUGCUGAGCUGAAAGGCUUUGAAAUAAAGAGACGUGGUGAAUUAGCACUUAUCAAGUAUUUUCAAAAUUCGGUUUUCAAAGCGUUUCUAAAAGGUAAAAAUCAUUUGGAAGCAUAUGAACAUGCAGCAAAUGAAGCGAACUAUUGGUUAGAUGUGUUAUUUUCCAAAGGUGCUAGUUUACCAGAUCGUGAACUUUUCGAUUUAAUUGCGGAGAAUCGAAGCAUGUCUAAAAAACUUGAUGAUUAUGGCGAACAAAAGUCAACAUCUAUCUCUACAGCCAAGCGUCUGGCUGAAUUUCUUGGCGACGAUAUGGUUAAAGAUGCUGGUCUUGCUUGCCGUUUUAUUAUUUCGAAAUUACCCCUUGAUGCACCUGUAGCACAGAGAGCCAUUCCACUGGCUAUAUUCCAAGCAUCACCAAAUGUAUGUGCGCACUAUCUUCGAAAAUGGACCAGGGAUACAGCAAUCACCAAAGAUAAUAUCAAUAUUCGACAUAUCAUCGAUUGGGAUUAUUAUGUGGAACGUUUCGGAUCUACUGUUCAAAAAAUCAUUUCCAUUCCAGCUGCUUUACAAAACAUUCCCAAUCCAGUUCCACGUGUUCCUUUUCCGGACUGGUUAGAAAGUAAACGUCAACAACGGAAAAAUGACUACAAGCAACCAAAAAUUAAUGACAUUUUCAAAAAAGCCGAUGUUGCACCAUUUGAAAUUGAUAUUGAAAACAUUGGAACGAAGAGAGCCACUGAACUCAAGUCUUCAAUAGAUGCUAUACCUCUCAGUGAAUCUUCAAAUAUGGUGGAGAAUUCUUCAACUAAAAGCGCGGUGAUAAAUGAACUACAAGGGUCCAUAAUAAAGGUUCAAAAAACUAACCAAUCAGAUAUAAUAGAAAAAAAGACAAUCGUUGAACAUGGAGUCCAAGAAUGGUUAAGAUAUUUAAAAAUAAAAUGGAAGGCACGAAAAGCGAAUAAAAUUCAUAAAGGACUGAAUGUAGCGAGAAAAAUCACACCGAUUACUUCCAUGCUUGAACAAAGUAAACGUGUGAUGCGAGAUGCAGUGUGGCAAAUAAUCCAGAUAUCAGAGACGUCAAACCAAGGUAUGCUAGCUAUGUGGUGUGUUAUUAAUGCCAAAAUGAUGAAGAUUAAUGUGCGAAUUCCCCGAGUUAUUUAUGUAAAUGAUCGAGAAGAAAAUGCGAAUUUUGGAGUGAUCGUUAAGCGUAUUCUUCCACGCCUGAAACCUCUCUUUAACUUGCGACGAUAUGUUAUCGACGAGAGAGUAUUUGAGUCGAGUUUGAAUUCAAAAAUUAUGGAAGCAAAUGGUUAUAGCCAGCUAAAUAGAGAGCUGUGCGCAAUGAGGAUAGAGGGUGUGUACGAAUCGCAGGUGCCGUUGCUUUUCCGAGCAAUAAUUAAUUUCGGAUGUAGCUGUCGGCUGAAGUCAAACUUUCAGAUGUCCUCAGCUACAGUAUAUGACUUUGAAAAUUUUGAAUCGGAUUUUUCAGUACAGUAUCUCCCAAAAAAUACAAUUCGUAGUUUAUUUUUUUACGAACAUCAUCAAGAUAAAAGAUCAGUUAUGGCAGUGUUCAGUCCAUUUGCAAAAGAAGCUCAAUUUGUUGUGGUUAAUAAAGCUAAAUUAGAUUUGCCAAACCUAUCAUUUAUUUUUGAAAAGGAACGAACAAAGUUAUCUAAUGAAACUGGUUACUCUUUUCUUGACCAGAAAGCCGAUAUGGAUUUCACAAUCUCACAAUGUGUUUCCAUCGAAAGAGCUGAUCGAAUAAUUCAGAAGUACAUCCGCAAUUUGCGGCAAAUGGACACUUUCCCUACAGUUAUUGUUGUGCAGUCAAAGGAAGAUUUGUCUGUGCUAGCAAGACGAUUACCAGUGCUUGACAGCUAUCCUCUUGUACGGAUAUAUGUUACUGAACCAUCUGCUCUUUUUAAUGUAUUGGAUUGGCAGCGUGUUGUUUUAAGUCGAAUUAUAAAACAUUAUUUCAACAUGUUUUUGUAUUUACAUCAAUAUGUAGAAAUAAGUCGCUAUCUGCAUAUUCCGAUUGGAAAUAUACCCGAAGAUUUUUCAACAUUUGGUCCUGAUGUAUUGUUUGCUCGAAGUUUAAUCAAUCAAGGAUUUGUCUUGUGGGCCUCACCUUGUAAUCGACCAGAUCUUGGUGGUAAGGAACUUGAUGACGCACGUUUAAACGCUGUUUGGUCAUCAAUUUGUGUCAGUAAACAGGCAGCUUGUCUAAUCAAUGAGUCCAGCUUUCAAACUAGCGUAUGCGUUGAGCUACAACUGGGGGCAGUUGAUGUUACAGCUCUUGUGCAGUCAGCAGCUAUUGCUAAUGCAGAGGGUGGUACGGACUCUGUGGGUUUCCUGACUGGUAGCGCUUUGUCAACAGAUGCGCUACUUGGACAUGUUCGAAGCAUAGCUGAAUAUGAUGAAGGAGCGGCGGUGGCAGGUCCAUUGAAGGUCCUUCGACAAUUGCUGCACGAAUGUAUCAAGGAUAUUCACUUAACUGGCAACAAAAUUGCCGAUCAGUUAGUAAUAAGCAUCAAUCGUUGGAUACGCACACAGCAUACCAUGAUGUAUGAUCCUGCAAUUGCUCACGUAGUCGACAUACUUAUAACAAAGUUAAUUCUUCUUUUGGUUGCUGAAGUGAGUCGAUUAGGAGGAUACGUCAUAUAUGCAUCAAAUUCGAGAUUAAUUAUUUCCACUCAACGUCUAUCACUUGAGCAUGCGCGAUCAUUUGUAAGCAGUUUAUGUUCGUCGCUUGAAGAGCAUGCAAUCUUCGCAUCACUAAACGUGAAAGCAACAAAGUUUUGGGAUGUUUUGUUAUGGGUCGACUCGAGUGAUCAUAUUGGCAUUCUUUUGGGAGAAGAAGAAGAAAGUAAUGAAAUCACGAUUAAGCUCAAUACAUCACAGUUUAUUGGGGAUGACAAUUAUCAGAACUUGUUUAAACAAAUAUUGAUUGGCUAUCUUGUUUUAGUUGGCAAUAACAUAAAAUCAGUAAACGAUAUCGAAGAACAAAAACAGUAUCGCUUGCGUCUUGUUACGAAAGAAAUCACUGAGCAAAUGUUUGAUCUCAUAAAUAAUUUGACAUUACGGUCUGUUCCAGAAAAAGCUAAAUCAAGAGAUUCGAUUAUUCUAAUGGUGAAAGGAAUAUCCCAUUUUAUUGGACUCGAUGCUGUUGUAAACGAACAAAUGGAAAAACUGCGAUAUCAACUAAUGCGUAUGUUGAACGUGAAUGAUACAUCAGAUGAAUCUCGAUGGCAGUCCUUAAAUGUAUCCUGCAUUUUAACUCAGCUUUUCUGUUCUGCUUGUUGUCAGUCAAAUGAUUUGGAUGUUUGCCAAUCUGAAAUAUGGAGUUGUCCAGACUGUGGGAGGCACUUCCCUACUACCAUUAUUGAGGAGCUCCUAAUCGAGCGCGUUAAUCAGCUCUUGAUUGCCUACAUAAUUCAAGAUUUCAAAUGUACACGUUGUGGGGCGAUCCGUAAGCAUAAUUUGCCUCUUCUCUGUGAUUGCUGCGGUACUGAAGAGAAUGUUGUGCCUGCUUCUGAAUUUCGUUUCAGUGUAGAAACAAUUAAAAAAGUAGCUGGAAAACAUGACCUUACUCGCUUAGAUGAAGUUUGUGAAUGGAUUUUAUUCGAAAAUGCAUAA